AGUUUGUCUCCUUCACUUUGUCCUGUAGCUGAGUGUCAAAUCUUCUGAAACACAGGACACUCAAAAGCUUCUGCUUAUUUAGCAUCAUCAUUUUAUUUUUGUCUCAACAGCAACAACAACAACAUCCUCGAUAUAAUGGCUGUUCCUCCUUCGUACUCAGACCUGGGAAAAGCGGCCAAGGACAUCUUCAGCAAGGGUUACGGGUUUGGGAUUGUUAAAUUGGACCUCAAGACUAAAUCUCAAAAUGGAGUGGAGUUCAACACAUCUGGAUCCACCAACACGGACACGGGAAAAGCCGGCGGGAGUUUGGAGACCAAGUAUAAAAUGAAGGAUCUAGGAUUGAGUUUGAACCAGAAGUGGAACACGGACAACAUGCUCAGUACAGAAGUCUCUGUGGAGGACCAGCUUGUACAAGGGUUGAAAGUGGCCAUGGAUACGUCUUUUGUCCCAAACACGAGUAAGAAAAGCGGUAAACUGAAGUCCGGCUACAAGCGUGAGUUUGUCAACGUGAGCUGUGACAUUGACUUUGAGGGUCCGGUCGUGCACUCUUCAGCGGUUCUGGGAUACGAAGGCUGGCUCGCGGGCUACCAGAUGGCGUUCGACACAGCCAAGUCCAAACUGGUGCAAAAUAACUUUGCUCUGGGAUACAAGACCGGAGACUUCCAGCUUCACACCAACGUUAAUGACGGAGCCGAGUUUGGAGGAUCAAUCUAUCAGAAGGUGAACGAUCAGCUGGAGACGGCCAUCACUUUGGCCUGGACCACCGGCAGCAACAGCACGCGCUUCGGGAUUGCUGCAAAGUACCAGCUAGAUAAAGACGCCUCGUUGACUGCCAAAGUGAACAAUUCCAGUCUGAUUGGAGUUGGUUACACUCAGAGUCUUCGACCUGGGGUGAAACUCACUCUCUCGGCCCUCAUCGAUGGAAAAAACUUCAACACCGGCGGACACAAGGUCGGACUGGGUUUUGAGCUGGAAGCGUAGCUGCCGUAGUGCAAAAGACACUGAAGACGAUGUCAUCCCUCACACCCCUCCUGAAUCACACAAGCACUCGAUGACUAACAACACUUAGCGGCAUGUUGAUGGUUUUAGGAGCAGAGUGAUUCGAUCUCAACCGGCCGUAACAUGUGACCUUCUAAGGGAAAAAUUAUUGCUAAUUUAUUUAAUGAAGGUCGUUUAUUUACGUAGAGCCAAAAAACACAAGUAGUGGUAGAUUUGCAAGCAUUUGGAGUGUUUCUCUGGAGAUGCUAAGCGCUUACAUUUGUUUUAUCGCAUUGAUGAGUUGAAGAUCAGAAAUUGCAUGAUGGUAGUGGGUUAUUUCUCACGAUAGAGCUUAUAGAGCUUACAGGAAACCAACAAAAUAGCGUGUGUUUUUUUUUAGAGCGUGCAACACUUUCUUAUACACUCAUUUACAGUUAGAAAGCGAUUUUCUGGUGUACAAAAGAGCAAUUUGAUCAUUAAACACUCUAUGGGCACAUUUCAAUGCAUUGUACAUACCAAAUGCUUUUCACACACACACACACACUCUCUCUAAUUUUACAAUUUUCUUGGUCUUUUUACCUAAUUUUUCCAGUGGAAAUUGAGAAAUUCUAAUAAACAAAGUACGAUUGAA